AUGUGUCCAAAUUCAAAGUAUUUUGUGUUUCAGGAGGAGUUCUACCUGGUCAAAUGGAGGAGCUUUCCAGAGUCAGAUAACACUUGGGAACCUAAACGCAACCUGAAAUGCUCACGAAUGAUGAAGCAGUUCCAUCGUGACCUGGAUCAGGUGCUUAGGCGCCACGGGAGGCAUUACAUCCCUAAAAAGCUGAAUAAAGAGGUGACUUCAUUCCUGGUCCAGAAAGCCAAAGUCCGCCAGAGUCUCCAGCGCUGGGAGAACCACUUGAACCAGACGCGCAACCACCCAGGUCAAAUUUUUGUUGAUGAGGUAGACCUCGAAGGCCCGCCUAAGAACUUCACCUACAUCAACAACUAUAAAGUAGGUCCAGGCAUCGUUCUCGAUGAGAUGGCUGUGGGUUGCGAUUGCAAGAACUGUUUGGAUGAACCGGUAAACGGCUGCUGUCCUGGGGCCUCUCUGCACCGCAUGGCAUACAAUGAUCGGGGGCAGGUCCGACUCCGGGCAGGUGAACCGAUAUACGAGUGUAACUCUCGAUGCAGCUGUGGCCCUGAUUGUCCCAACAGAGUGGUGCAGAAGGGAAUCCAGUUUGAUCUGUGCAUCUUCAAAACGGAAAACGGCAGGGGAUGGGGAGUCCGUACACUGCAGCGCAUUAAGAAGAACACCUUCGUCAUGGAGUACGUGGGAGAGAUCAUAACAACUGAUGAAGCCGAGAAAAGGGGCCAUGUGUACGACUGCCAAGGCUCCACGUACCUGUUUGACCUGGACUAUGUGGAAGACGUGUACACGGUGGAUGCUGCUUACCACGGAAACAUCUCCCAUUUUGUCAACCACAGCUGUAACCCCAACUUGCAGGUGUUCAACGUCUUCAUCAACAACAUUGACGAGAGGCUUCCUCGAAUUGCUUUGUUUUCAACGCGACCCAUUCGGGCCGGAGAGGAGCUCACCUUUGACUACAAGAUGCAGAUUGAUCCAGUCGACACCGAAAGCACCAAAAUGGAUUCCAGUUUCAGUUUAGCGGGACUGCCCAGCUCUCCAAAGAAGAGGGUUCGGGUGGAGUGUCGGUGUGGGUCCAACUCGUGUCGGAAAUACCUCUUCUGAAAGGAGACUGAACAUGUCCGAGUGUACAUAGUGUCAGUGUUCUGCUUCUAUCUAUCAUCUGACCUCAGACCAGUGGCCCACUUUGGGCUUGUCCUGAGGACUUCAAUCUGCAUAUUUGACUCAGAAGAACAGUUCUCAGUGUGCUGGAAGAGGAAACACUCUGCAGGUGUCAGAGUUUCUGCUCAAAGACCAUCAGAAGUUACAUGAUGCUCCAGGGCCGCGUGUCUUCAUAGAAACUCCAAAGACUGAAGCUUCAAGUCUGCUGAGGCUGAACGCCAUCAAAGACCAAAACCACAGCAGCCUGUCCCGUUAGCCCGUUAGUGUGUGGCACUAACAUUAGCCUGUGACAUGUCCUGUCACCGUGUGGUGCGAAUGUUAGCCUGCGACAGUCCCGUCAGCGUGUGAUGCGAACGUUAGCUUGUGCCGGUGUCCCAUCAGCGUGUGGCACGAACGUUAGCUUGUGGUGGUGUGCCGUCAGCGUUGGGCGCGAACAUUAGCAUCACGUGGUUGUGUGGUGCUAACGUUAGCAUCAGGUGGUUGUGUGGUGCUAACGUUAGCAUCACGUGGUUGUGUGGUGCUAACGUUAGCAUCACGUGGUUGUGUGGUGCUAACAUUAGCAUGUCUUUUCAAUAAUACUCAUUGCUCAUCCUUUCAUUUUGUGAUGCUAAUGUUAGCAUGUGCAGCUUAAAUCCAGACCAUGAACAGGAUCUGUGUUUAUCAAGAAACUGGAGCAGUAAUCUGUCAUCAGGAUGAUUGU